AUGAUUGAAAGUGUAAAUUGCAUAGCACUAGAUCAAUUUAUUAAUUUUAUUAAUAUCAAUUCAGAAGAUAUUAAAAUAGUUAUAGAAACUCAUAUUAAUCCUUUUUUCUAUAGUAGUUCUAAAUAUGACAAAUUAAAAAUUUAUAAUUACUUAAAAUCAAUUAAUAGUCUUCCAACAUCACAUAUAUUAUUACCAUUCAUUAAUGCAGAUUUACAAGGAUUCCUUUCAUUCGACAAUAAAUUUAAAAAACUUAUAAAAUCAUAUGAAAGAUUAAUAGAAUCAACAAACUUACAAGAACAAGAACAACAAAAACAAGAAGAAAAUUUAAAAAUGCAUCCUAAUAAUAAAAAGUAUUAUGAAAAAUUAAAUCAAAUAAUUUUAGAAUUAAAUGAAAUACAAACAUCACAAUUUACAAAUGAUCAAUUAAAUUCAACAAUUAAAAUUUAUUAUAUAACUUACCACUACAACUUCAACCUCAACCCCAAACUCAACCUCGACUUCAACGGCAAUAACUACAGAAGAAAACAACAACAAAAUUAA